AUGAAGAGUUUCAACAUUACACAUGUCCUAAAAAGAAAUCCUGAAGAAAGAAUUAACGAUUGGAAGGAGGUAGUUGUUGGUUAUUCUAAAGAAGAAACAAUAGAAGAAGCAUCAAGGUGUCUUGGAUGUAAAAAACCAGGAUGUGUACCAACAUGUCCAGCUCAUAUUAAUAUUCCAGAAUAUAUUAUUCAUUUAAAGAAAGGGGAAUUUAAUGAAGCAACAAAUGUCAUAUUGAAGGAUAUGCCAUUACUACAUAUAUGUGGAAGAGUUUGUCCACAUUAUUGUGAAAAGACUUGUGUAAAAGCAAAGAGGGGUGGAGAGCUUCAAAUCAUGGAGUUGAAAAGAUCAGCAAUUACCUAUGCAAAUGAAGAAGAUAUUAAAAUAGACAUUGCACCAGAUACUAGUAAAAAAGUUGCUGUUGUUGGGUCUGGACCAGCUGGAUUAGCUGCUGCAUAUUUCUUAAGAUUAAAAGGACAUAAAGUUGUUGUUUAUGAACAAAAACAUAAAUUAGGAGGAAUGAUGAUUUUAUGUAUUCCACCAUAUAGACUUCCAAGAGAUAAAUUAGAUGAAGAUAUUGAUAGAAUUAAAAGAUUAGGAAUUGAAUUUAGAACAAAUGCUAAAGUUGAUAAUAUUCCUUCUUUACUUAACGAAUAUGAUGCAGUCUUUGUAGGAAUUGGAACAUUAAAAAGAAAAGUACUUGGUAUUCCAGGAGAAGAUCUUAUUGGUGUAGAACAUGUUAUUCCAUAUCUUGAAUCAAUUAAUACUUUUGCUAGAAAAACAAUUGGAAAGAAAGUUGCAGUAGUUGGAGCUGGAUUUUCUGCUAUGGAUGCUGUUAGAGUUGCAAGAAGACUCGGAAGUGAAGCAUUUAUUAUUUAUAGAAGAUCAGAACAUGAGAUGCCAGCUUCAUCAUCAGAAAUAGAAGAAGCAAAGGAAGAAGGAGUUACUAUGAUGACAUUAUGUAAUCCAACUAAAAUUAUUGGAGAUGAGAAUGGAAAAGUUAAAGGAAUUGAAUGUAUUAAAAUGAAAUUAGGAGAGUCAGAUGAAUCUGGAAGAGCUGCACCAGUUCCAAUUCCAGGCAGUGAAUUUGUUAUUGACUGUGAUAUGGUUAUUCAAGCCAUUUCACAAGUUGUAGAUUUAGGGUGUUGUCCUGGAGUAGAACUAACUCAAUAUGGUACAUUAAAAGUCGAUGAAAAUUAUAAAACAAGCAUUAAUGGUUUAUAUGCAGCUGGGGAUUGUAUUACUGGUCCAAAAUCAAUUGUUGAUGCAGUUGGUGAUGCUCAUAGAGCUUCAAAUGCCAUUCAUGAAUAUUUAACAAAUUUGACUAUAACCCCAAUGGAACAAGAUUAA